GUUUUAAUAAUACUGUCAACAAAACUGACACCGUUAAUUUUUGAAUGCAAAAAGUACAAUUUAUCCUAAAGAUAUGGAAGACGAAACAAGAUAUCUUCAUAGCAGAUGCCAAUUACUACAUCAAGAUGAAGAAAUGAUUAACGAACUAAUACAUACAGGUAUUUUUAUAUCUUUUCGCAGAAAUAUCUGGAAGUGGUUUACACUUGAUAAAAACCAUCCCAAUACUCAGUUAUACUACCAGUCAGAGACUUCAAGAAGAGAAGAACAAAAGCGACAUAUUACUUUGUACAAGUACAGAUUGAUCAUACAUCCGUUUAGUCUUCACAACUUCUAUUGGGAAAUUUUCAUGUUUUUUACAUAUAUUUACAUGCUAGUUGUUUACGCUUUGGAUGAUAUGCACAUAUUUAGACGUGCAUUUUCCAUAAACGUUUUUAAACUUAUCGGAGACUCUAUUUUUCUCUUAGACGUCAUCCAUUUCUUUUUUCAAGGUUACUACAGUACCGAAAAAAGCAAAACCGUGCUGCUGCAGAAGCAUAUAAUAGAACACUACCUAAAAACAUACUUCCUUGUAGAUUUGAUAGCAAUUUCGCCAUCUAUAGCUAUAAUUUGUGAUUGGUUGGAAUACAUAGACGGUGAAAACAGUCCAAUAUUCUUGCUGGUAUCGAUAUUUGGUAUCGUAAGACUGUUACGCAUUCCGCGCUGGUUGAAUGUCAUUGAUCUUUUCAAAUCGUACAAGGAUUAUCCGCAUCACAUCUUCAAAGCUGCCAAAAUUAUUUUCAUAUAUGUAGUUUGUUUAUUUGUUUCCUACACAGCGAUGAUCAUACUGUUUAAUAAUAUCUACGCAGUGAAACAUACUCAUUUAUCGUUUAGCGCUAAACGCUAUUUAGUCGCAACUAUGAUCAUAAUGCUAGCAGCUGUUGGAUCUUCCGAACAUUUAGACACUUACAUUUACACAGUUGAAGUAAUUAUUGUGUUCACUAUAGCUGCGUUUGUUUUGCAGAUGUAUCUCUACGCAAACAUAUUUAGAAUGUGGAACAUAUUCUUUAUUGCUAGGAAUAAAAUUUUCAAUCACUUCCUUGAGAUCCAGCACUAUUUACAAUCGCAAGGAAUACCAAUUGCUUUAAGGAACCGUGUGACCAAUUUUAUCGAUUUCAAGUUCCAGAUUAGAUGUUACGAUGAGGAAGACAUCAAUUAUUUAGUGUCCCAUGUAUUGAGACAAAGAGUAAUGUUGCAUCUAGCCAGAAAGCACCUAGGAAAUUGCCGUUUGAUACAGAAUCUACCUGACAGAAUUCUUUUUAAACUCGUCGCCAAGUUCAAUAGCGAAAUAUAUUUACCGAAUGAUUUUAUAAUAGCGCCGGAUUCCAGGAACAAACACCACAACAUAUACUUCAUCUAUUUCGGGAGAGUAGCUGUGUAUGAUUCGAAAGGGUCGGAAAUUUGCCAUUUGGAAGAUGGCGAAAGUUUUGGCGAAGAAGAUGCAUUAUGUAGAUACAUCAACAUUGGAUCUGUCGUAGCUGUAAGCGCUUGUGAAUUGUUUAGACUACGAAUAAAGGAUCUGUUUAAUAUUUUGGAAGACUUUCCCGAUUUAAAAGACACAAUUAUUACUGAAGCUCGAGAGAGACAAUUAAGAUUAUCUGAAGCUUAAAAAGUGUUUG